AGUUGUGGGUAGGGCCAAGAAUGUAGAACGGGUGUGAAAUGAUUAAUAAUUUUAUGUCCCACUUAGCACUAAACUGUACUGUCUAGGCUAGCUAGCUAGAUCACCUGUAACUCUCCGACAAUGGCCUCGUUUAACCAGGAGCAGGUCCGACAUUUCAGAGAAGUGUUCAAAGAAUUCAGUGACGAAGAAAGAGAAGGCAUAAUAAACAGAGACAACUUCCUAAUUGCUGUCAACCUAAGCCUGUCACAAUGCACGCUCGGCAACUCUCCAAGCCCUGAGCCCCUCGCAGCAGAGUUUGAUAGGUUGGUGGCAAGAACUGGAGUGCUACCGUGGCAGCAAUUCUUUCAGGUUAUGCUUCAUAUCAAUUUAAAUGAUGGUACCGGAGUGCGUUCGUCAGUAAUCAUGUCUGAGCAUACUCCCCCACCAGACCCGGUAUUUCCUCCUUACUCUGAGUCAUCACGUGUGACAUUCAACACCAGUAUCCCAGAGCCCACAGCCCCAGAACCUCCCUUUCCUGAGAACCGCAGCACAUUCACUACUUCCUUGCGUCGAGUGGGUACUAUAGUGGGUAAUUUCUUUGGUGUGACUGAAGCGUCUCAGCAAGGCACUGCGGAAACCAUAGGCUGGGAGGAAUACACUGAACGGAGAGUGGAGGAGAGCAAUUCAGUUGGUUUCGUUGGUACUCUCAGUCGGCGUGCUUCACAACGCCGCCCAAACAGGGUGAUUUUUGAUGAACCUCCGCCACCUGAUUACCCGUCCAUUGCUGAUGGGCGGAGCUUUAACAUGGAUGACCUUGGAGACAGUGACAGUGAAGAAGAUGGCUUCAUGUCCGAGGCACCCCCAAACUACCUGGAUGUAACAGGCCGUGAAGGCCAAAGCACAAGUGCCCCGAAUGAUCCAUGGCAAUCUGCACCCGGAGGGGGUGUGAUAGGAAACGAAGUUGGCCUGCUUCAACAACAAACAUAUCCAGCUGCAACUUAUCCUGCUGCUAACAUAAUGGUCAUUGAAGAGGCUGCCCCUGUCCUCCCUCCUCCAAGACAGGAACUGAUUCAUGACAAGAGUGAAGCAUGGGAAUAUUAUCAGAAGUUUAUCAAGGCAGAAAAAAAAGUGAGGAGGAGGAGGGCACAUGUGGAUGCUUUGGAAUUCUUUGGAGAUGCUUCUUCCACUGUGGGUGGUGGUGGUGCUCAAAGACAAGAACAGCGUGGUGGAUCUCUACGACGUGAUCGACUAGCUUCAGUUGACACUCCAGCUGAUCAGGUACAGAGGCGUAAAAAAAAGAAGAGAAUGAAACUUCAGCGUCAAAGUACUCUUAUUCGUAACGAGGUGGAGUCUCUUCCUUCUUUUUGGCCAGUGUGUACGAUUCUCAUCAGUUUGGCACAGGUGGUGGCUAUGAUUGUGUUGUUGCCACUGUUCGGUAUUGCUCCAAUCCAUGUCUCUCCUCAAGAGAAUAAUGGAACCUUCCCCACUCUCAAUGGCACCACUCCUGCUAAUAUUACCUACUUUCGAGGAGUCAACCUAUGGAUUGGGCCACCUGCAAGCAUCCUGAUUCAGUUUGGUGCUAAGUUUACACCUUGCAUGCGUACAGAUUUUGGGAUUCGACGUCGUAAUGCUAUUCUGUAUGAUCCAGACAAGCUCGGUUGCUGUAGGAAUGAGGGAAAUAUUGGGACUGUACCAAGCGAGCAAUGUGGGAUCUUCUUUAGAAAUUCUACUACAUUGACCACGACUGCUGAUUUCAACGAAACUGGGUAUGACACGGGUGUUUUCUGCUCAAGCAAUCAGUCAGUGUUCUUUUUGCCAACAUUUCAUCCUUGCUGUGUGUCCAUCACUGGUCUUUGCAUGGUGAUAUCUUACGAAGAGUGUGAAGCUCGACAAGGGUUUUAUCAUCCUAAUAAUGAGGCGUGUCAGGAGGUCAACUGUUUUCGAAAUAUUUGUGGGUUCAACGAGGUUGGAAUCAGUGAAGAAGGUAGUGGGUUUCAGCCCUCGGCCCAGCAAUUUUGGAGAUGGUUCUUAUCCAUAUUCUUGCAUCUUGGGGUUCUUCAUCUCUUGGUUUACAUACCUGUACAGUUAUACUUGGGUAUCAAGAUUGAAAAAACUAUUGGUUGGCUACGGUUUUGUAUCAUUUACCUUCUCAGUGGAGUUGGUGGAAACAUAAUCAGUGCAGUAUUUAUCCCCUAUGGUGUUAACUGUGGUGUUGGAGGAGCUGUAUUCGGUCUCUUGGCUGUACUCUAUGUAGAGUUAUUCCAAUUCUGGCAGAUUGUUGACAAAGCGUGGCUAGAGCUUCUGAAACUCACUGGAUUUGUUGUGUUUUUGUUGGCCCUUGGUACACUUCCAUAUCUGGACAACUUUGCACAAAUUGGUGGCUUAUUAUUUGGCAUGCCUUCUGCCAUAGUGUUUGUACCCUUCAUCACAUUUGGCAAAUGGGAUGCAGCUCGCAAACGUAUUCUGUUGAUUAUCUGCAUACCACUGCUCAUUCUUCUAUAUCUGGCUGGCUUUUUCACCUUCUACUUCAUUCCUGAUCCAAGUUUCUGCUCCUUUUGUCAUUACUUGAAUUGUGUGCCGUAUUCACCAGAUAUUUGCCCUGAGGAAUUCAGCAAUCCUAAUCCAACUGUCUUUGGACUAUGAUUGAUGAUCAUUGCGUGUACUUACCUUCGAAUUUAUUAACAAUUUAUUAUUACGACUAAAUUAUGUGUUAAUUAUUUUUUUAUUUUUAUUUUUGCUUACUGUGCUUGAUCAAUAAUUUAUUAGGUGACUCGUA